AUGAAUUCUGACUCCAGCUCUCUCUCUAGCAGAGCCUCCUCGCCAGACAUGGAGGAGAUGUACCUGCGGGACCAUCAUCACCACCACCAUCACCACCACCACUCGGUCUCGUCGACGCAGAGCGAGGUGGGCCAGCGCGGGCCGGGCGAGGGCCUCUCUAGGGCCGGCUCCAAGGGCUCGUCGAGCGAAAGCAGCAAGUACAAGAUCAAGAAGCAGCUCUCCGAGCAAGACCUGCAGCAGCUGCGGCUGAAGAUCAACGGGCGCGAGCGCAAGCGGAUGCACGACCUCAACCUGGCCAUGGACGGGCUCCGCGAGGUGAUGCCUUACGCGCACGGGCCGUCGGUGCGCAAGCUCUCCAAGAUCGCCACACUGCUGCUGGCGCGCAACUACAUCCUGAUGCUAACCAGCUCCCUGGAGGAGAUGAAGCGGCUGGUAGGCGAGAUCUACGGCGGCCACCACUCGGCCUUCCACUGCGGGACGGUGGCGCACUCCGCCGGGCACCCGGCCCACCCGCCGGGCGCCGUGCAUCCUGUGCACCCGAUCCUGGGCGGCGCCUUGUCCUCGGGGGGCAACCCGUCGCCGCUCUCGGCUUCCCUGCCGGCCAUCGGCGCCAUCCGGCCGCCGCACUCGCUGCUCAAGACCCCCCCGGCGCCGCCGGCACUGCAGCUCGGAGGGGGCUUCCAGCACUGGGCCGGCUUGCCUUGUCCCUGCAGCAUCUGCCAGAUGCCCCCGCCGCCGCACCUCUCGGCUCUCACCACGACGGCCAGCCUGGCCCGGAUCUCCAUAGAAGCCAAGGACCUGCUGAAGUGA